AUGAGCGGUUCUUCGACCCAGAAUGGUUUACCCGCAGCCCCACCGAUAAAGAAUCGCACCAUCCGCGGCGUAGCCGAAAAUACAGCGAUGCAGAUCGAGAUGGACCUGUUUGAGCGUGGGGUCAAAGAAAAUCGCGACUUUUUGAUUCUAGUCCUUCGAUGGGAAAGGAAAUAUGCGGCAGCAUCUAAGUAUCUGUACGCCGAGCGACUCAGAGCCGCUCUGCAGCGCAUUCAUGAUGGGCAGCCCUUACCUCCUGUUGGUCGUCCAUUCAUAACAGAGGAUGUCUUUCCGACGGCGGUAACUGCAUCGCCGGCUACAGCAGCACCUGUGCCCAGGCCUGCGAGGAGCAGCUAG